GGUUAUUCAGUUAUGGCGUCCAGGAGAUCGGUGGCGCCUUCGAGUCAUUUUAAAAACGCGACUGCUGAUGGUAAAAGCUCCGCAGGUGGGAAUAGCAAAGCUAAGAGCGGAGCUGUUAAGAAAAGCAGCGUCACAUCCAGUGGGACUAUUGUGAAGUCUCGAUACCUGCAAUCUGUUGAAAAGACAAGUCUUUCAAAGAGUAACUCUCUAACCAACGAGUCCAUAGCCAUGUCACCAAGGCGCUCCUCCCCCGUGCCCAGUUGUGUGAAAACAAAGGUAGCCACUCCACCGAGACGCUCGAUGAUCCCCCAGGCUUUACCAACAUGUGGUGAAAAGUCAAUUUCUAGUUUUGUGGAACCAUCAGUAUUGGGGAGAAGUGUCCUGCAGUCCACUUUUUCUGACGGAUAUUGCAUUCGCCCAGAUUUUGACAUUUCAGUCAUUAAAGAUAAAGAAGUGAUUCAAAAUGCAGUUGAACAAGAGAGAAAACCAGAAAGUUGCAAAAGUAUCAUUGAAAUGCAAGCGUUCCUGUUGGUGUACCUCACAGCUAAGAUGGAAAACGGCACUAAGAAACUGAAAGCCACAGCGGAGGCAAGAAUCUUGGAGGUGAUGGAGGAGGAGAUGAGGCUGCAUGAAGAAGUCCAGGAGAAGAAACGGCAGCAUCGCUUAAUGGAAAAGGAUCGACAGAUGCACGAGCUACUAGAUUUACAGAUUGCAGCGUUAACUCCCUUGGCUGCAGCUUCUAAGCAGUUCACAGAGAACUACAAGUCUUUCGCCACAGCUGUUGACACCACCCGACAUUCGCUGCCUGUGAAGAACCUCUACAUCGAGGGUGACAGGAGGGAAUUCCUAGUUAAAGUGGAGUCCCAUCUGAAGGAGAUGGAGGAGAUGCUGGCAGAGUGCAAACAUGGAGAUCAGAGGGACAACAGCAGCUCUCUGGAGUGUCUCCGAGACAUGAAAACCGUUUCUAAAGAUGUCACUCAGCAGCUUGCAGGGGCAUCUUCGGAGCUUUUGGAGCUGUCGUCUCUGGUUUGUCAGCACACGGUCCACAUCCAUCAGGCUUUGGAGGAAGAACACCUCGGUCUGGCCAGAACCCAUGAGCUCUACUGCCCCAAGCCGAGCAGAGGGCAGCUGCAGCACCCGGGGACCAACUCCAGGUCUUCUUUCCACUGCCUUGCUCAGGGGCACAGACAGGAGUAUUAACCCUAACAUGCGUGUCCUUUUGAUGGUGGGAGGAAACAGGAGCACCCGGAGGAAACCCACACAGACACGGGGAGAACAUGCAAACUCCACACAGAAAGGACCUGGGAUGGCCUGGGGUUUGAACCUAGGACCUUCUGGCUGUGAGGCAACAGUGCUAACCACUGAGCCACCAUGCCACCCAAACAAAGGGGAUAUGUCCCUACCACUUUUUGGAUUGUCUAAACUUGUCCCCACCACUAAUUUGUGACUUGGGGAGGAGUCAGCCAGACAUUCCUCCGUCCUCGACUGAGAUGGACGGCAUAGCGGCGCAGCACGUGUCUUUCAAUUCAUUCAUUCAUUCAUUCAUUCAUUCAUCAUCAGCCGCCUCUCUAGGGUCGGGUCGCGAUGGCAGCAAGCUAAGUAGGGCACUCCAGACAUCCCUCUCUCCAGCAACGCCCUCCAGCUCCUCCUGGGGGAUCCCAAGGCGUUCCCAGGCCAGACUGGACAUGUCUUUAGAUUUAAUUGAAGGCAUUAAUCAUUAAUUAUUUUGUUCUUCUACAGUAUUGUUUAUGUUGUUGUUGUUCGUUAAUAAAAAACAUU